AUGGCUCCCAAGUACCCUGAGUUUGAGCCACAGGGAGAUAGCUUACGACGGUGGAUAGAGCGUGCCGAUGAGCCUGAAUGCCCUAUUCCUAUGACCAAACUUACGAUCCCAGGCAUCGAUCCUAAGUUCUGGUAUGUGCAUUCCAGCCCGGAGUCCCUUGGAGAGGAGUGGGAGUACUGGGUCCAUAUUUUUGGCCUAACAGUUGAUGACCCAGCAAGCAACCAGGAACGUAUUUAUCGGUUGGAAUCAGCUGUAUCAGUUGUUAAACUCACAGGCGAGUUAACACUUUGGGUUGGGCGAACGGGACCAGGCGUGAUAUUCAUGGAUAAUAUCAAGAGAGCACCUAAUUCCACAAGCUUUUACAUGUCUGAGUUUGCCAAGGCUUUCUAUGAGUCGCGGUUUCCCCUAAAAAGCCUGAAGUGCGUUAUUGUUACUAGAAUCAUUCAACGGGAAACCAGGUCUUUUAUUCAAGAUCAUAUUUACGAGUCCCGGGAGGGGCUUGGGUUUCGGCCUAAGGAGCCGCAAACUUGGGAGUCUCCUUCGCCAGAGUUUUGCGGUAUUCUUGGUACUCCCAUUGGUAAAGUUGUCGCGGCCUUUGUCUUGGGUGCAUAUGGUCAAGGAAUCAGACGGAUUCCACGAAUCGUGACAUUCCAUACCGGUGAAGACUUGUGUGGAUAUAAUCUUCGGUUCGAUAUUGAGGAUGUAUGA